AAGGGUGAAUGACUCUAUUGCCCCCUCCCCCCCACUGGCAUACACACACACACAGACACACAUUUUUCCUUCUCCCCUACCUCUCUCACAUUUCUUCAUUUUCUUGUCACUCCUCCCCUCUCUGCUCUACAUCUAACACUCCGCCGCUGUUGCUGGGACUUAUUAUCGUGCUUGUAUCGUUGCCGAAUGUUCACAACUAUUUACCGGCGGAAGAAAACGAAAAAAAAAAACCCCCAGCAAACGUAACAACAACAACAACAACAACGAUAAAAUAACGACAUGCUUCUCUGUGAGAAGCUAUUACAGCAAUUGUUAUUGUUCUCAUCGUGGUAGUAUUAUUAUCGUUUUACUACUAUCACUAAAUCAACUUUUACUACCGAUACCUCUCGCCUGAAAGCCUUAUCAGCUAAAACUAAUUCCAGCUCCCCAAAUACUUUUUUUUACACAUUUCGGAUCCAUUCUUUCUCUCUUUUUUUCAUUCUUUCUUUCUCUCCUUGCCUGUCCUCCUCUCCUGUUCUUCACUAUUCUAUCAAUAUUUCUCCUCUAUAGCAAUCAUCUUUUAAUUGAAUUAAUUAAUAACCGGAUAUAUAGAUCUAAAAAAAAAAAGAUUUAAACAGCUCUUAAUUGGGUUUAUAUAUAUAUACCCCGACCAGUGUGUAUAUAUUUUCAAGGAAACGAUUUUUAUUUAUAUAUAAAUUGUAUAUUCUGUGUACAUAUAUAAACACCAUAUAUAUAUAUGCGCUUAUAAGUUUCUAUACUCAUCACAAUUUGGAAAGGAUUAUCAAGCUCGUUUUCAACAUCGUUAAAAAAAUCAUCGUUAUCGUUAUCAGCAACAGUCUUUGUUGUUGAUAUAUAUUCCAUUGGAAACACACAAAACAAGCCGGUGGUUCUAUGUACGUUGAUGGACAACAUUGGGAGAUGAAGUUUUCUACGCUUGUUGAUCAGGAGCCAAUGAAAUAGAGUACACUCAAAUGCUAGGGAUGAUCCCGUCCCCCUACACACACAAUUGCUCUCAGAAUUGGCUGAUCUCCACCUACAAGAAGGUGCUGAAUAGUUCCUGGCCUUGGACAAAAGAAAAUACAGGAGGAUCACCUUUCCAUGCGCCAAGUUUUGGAGAUGAGGACUUCAACAUUCCACCUUUAGGGCUGGCUGAUUCUGCCUUGAACUAUCAGACACGAGCCUUACAUGGCCAGCAAGUUCUGGACAUUGAACUAAACAACCUCACACAGCCUCUGUCACAUUCCUCGGACUUGUCAGUUGACUGUUCUGUACUGGACUCACUCAACCAGAACCAACAGUCAUUGAUACCAAAGUUCCCUCCACAGAACUCACUGGACGUGCCUGAUAUCAGUGUGUUAAACAGCGUUAUGUCAACCUCAGAAAGUACAUACCCCACUGACACGGUGACGACGUCAUGUCCUACAGACCUGGGUGGCCUCUACUCAGCAAACUUGUCGCACCCACCAGAACUAAUGCAGAGAGAACAACAGCCUUUGUUGACCAUCAGCCAGUCACAGAUGACCACACAGUUAGGAUUCCAGACUGCCAUCAAGCAAGGAUCACCAGCCACGUCAAAUUCCACGUCUUCACCAAGCCGCGAGAGCAGCGACGAUAGUGAUGAUAGUGUCCCUUUGGCGCAGCUUGCCAGCAUCAAAAGGACGGCAGCCAUGGAAACAUCUAUGGAAACCUGUACAAUAAAGAAACAGAAAGCACCCAAAAAGAAGAAGAAGAAAGAUCCAAAUGAACCACAGAAGCCUGUAUCAGCCUAUGCCUUGUUUUUCCGUGAUACCCAAGCAGCCAUCAAAGGUCAGAACCCCAAUGCCAGUUUUGGAGAAGUCUCCAAAAUUGUUGCUUCCAUGUGGGAUGGACUUGACCCUGAACACAAAAGUGUGUACAAAAAGAAAACUGAAACUGCCAAAAAGGAGUAUCUAAAACAAUUAGCAGCAUACAAAGCCAGUCUGGUUUCUCAGACUCCAAUUGAUGACCUCAGUUCAGAAAAAUUACAACAAAAUCGGUUAAUUAAUUCAAAGGAAUUAAUGAGUGUCACGACUACUGGCCCCAUGACCAAGGUCAACUCUAUUGGUACUUACACGCAAAUGACCCCAAUGCACUCGGACUCACCUCCUUUACAGCAGAUCCCUUACUCUUCCCCACCCCAGCUACCAAACCAAAAUGUGGUAUCAAAUGCCAGUACGGUUACUUCUCCAAUACACAACAACUUACAGCAAACCAUUGUCAGUCAGGCGGGUCCACGAGGUAUGUGCAGUGCUGGUCCUGGCAUGUGUGUACGUAACGGCUGUCAAAAUAAUGCAAUCGACAACCCAGGUUGGGACAGUGAAUACUGCAGUAAUGAGUGUGUGGUCAGCCAUUGUCGAGUCGGCUUGUGCAGUCAAACAGUCCAAAUCGGACGACCCUGCUGCCUCAGUGUCAAACAGCAAAGAGAUGUUUUCACUGGAUGGGUCGCGACGAGACAAGCCACAAAUUCUUAUCCUGUCAAGUAAAAUGAUCUCUGGCCUCCUAGACCAAGUGACCCCUGCCAGAUGGACAGCAACAGUGCAGUUGCUUGCUUAUCCCAUGGCAGUUUAAUAACUUAUAUGUUAAUGUACAAUUUCCAUACUAAUACAAGAUCAUAUAUAUAUUUAUAUAUAUAUAUAUAUAUAUAUAUAUAUAUAUAUAUAUAUAUAGUGUGUGUGUGUAUAUGUAUAUAUAUAUAAUGGUUUGUGUGUGUAUACAUGAGAAGCAUAUAAACAUACAUAGACAGCACACAGAGAUAAAUAUAUUUUAUAUAUAAUUAUAUAUCAUCAUCAUCAUCAUCAUUGUUUUAGCAUACAAUUUUUUAUGCUGACAUGAAUUUAUUAGGUCCCAAAUACAGUGUAGUGGCAGUUUUCUCAAUCCUCCAGCAUCUCUUAGGGCCCAACAUCUAUAUAUCUAACUUUAACCACUUUUUCUCAUAUCUUUUAUGGGGUCCCCCUACACUAUAGUUACGACUGACAGUCCACUUCACACCUACACCCUAUAGGUGGUCAACAGUGGCUGUUCCAGUGUAUUUGCCUCUCCUAUGUACUUUGUUUUUCUAUCUUUAAUGCCUUUAGCCAGUGAGGGAACAUCUAUAUAUCUACAGGGCCGGUCAGCCUAUUUGAUGGUAUAACAGCCAAAUCUCUCUCAAAUUAUUCUCAAAUCUUUUUUUUUCUUUCUUUUUUAAUAUAGAGGGGAAAAAAUAGAACAAGGGACAUAUUUGGAAAAAUUUAAAUCUGAGAUUAAUUUAAUGGAAAGCUGGGAUGGUCAUAGCUGGAAUGCUAUUGACCAUAGGUCUACUUAACCAGGUCUAACUUAGGCCGAAACUUUUAAUGUCUAGCUACCUUCUCAGCUCAUUUGUGAACUGUAUAUUUCAUGCUAGUUAUGAUGGUACUUGACUCAUUUUCUCUCGCUCCUCCACACUUUCCACUUUCAAUAACCUAGGUCUCACUAGCUAAUGGCAGCGAAUAAUGUCUCAUAUUCAUCAUUCUUUGUAUUGAGAAAGAAACUUUUUGAUGCCUACAGCUCUCAACUUCCCAUGUCUUACUCUAACUACUUGCUUUAGCUACAGCCACCAGUUACUCUAAUUAGGUCACCUGAAGAAAAAUUAUAAUACCUUUACCAAGUUAAUUGAGCAAAUCAUGGAUGCCAUUACAUAACCAUUUAAAGAGGUAGAAUCUUGUUAGUUUUACAGCCCUUUACAUUUACUUAUUACAAGCUACUGAGUUUAUAUCUCUCCUCUAUAUAUUGUCUGAAAUCUAGCAUGUGGCCCUUGGGUACCAAUCUGUCGCAAGUAUUUGGAAUAACUCUUUGAUUGAUAUGAAGAUAAUUCUGUACCUUGACACACCGCUGCCAAAUACAGUAAUGUAUUGACCAGUAAUAUUUGUAGCCACUUUAACAUGGCUGUCCAUUUGAGCGGAUUUUACUGUGAUUUUUUUAACCCCAAGAGGACAUCUCCUCUAGCUGGUUAACAAUGGACAGCUGCAUCCGAUAAAAUGUAUGUUGUCCUCCUCUCUCAUCCCCAGGCACUCUCAGAGAUCUUGCUAAAAAUAAGUCAUUGAUACUACCUCUACUUCUAACUAAACCAUAUAAAGAAGGCUUAUAUCACUUUGAUGGUACUAUUCUGUUUAGCUUUUUUUUUUGUACUCUAAAAAUUAUCUAAUUGCCUUUUGCCAUCAUCAUUUGAACCUUUAGACUUUUAAACUCCACAUUAUUGGUCCAGGUUUUGGAACAUUUCUUAUAACUCUUCAACAAAACCAGCAAAAUGUGGACUUCCUUUGAAAUAGAUUGUUGUAGAAGUACUUUACUCUCCAGACCACUCUCAGUACAUUUUACAUUUAUUUGGUCAUAAGUUCUUCCAACAGAAUUUAGGGUUUGUAACACAUGUGUGACAGGAUCCUCUUUGUAUGUUUUUCAUACCACAUGACAAGUGUUCCAAAACCUUGUCUUAGGUUACAACUUUUCAUCCCUCAUAAAAGCUUUCUUGCAGUCGAAACUGCAAACUUUGAUGCUGUUCCUCUUCUGUCUGUUGAAAAUCAUUUGUCUUAAGACUGAUGCUGUAUUUCAGAAACUACAAAGGUAGUGGAACUGGCAGAAUUGUUAGCAAGCAAUAAGUCAAUAAGUACCAGCUGAAUACUUGGGUCAGUGUCAUUGACUAGGUCCCUCCCACAAAAUUUCAGGCUUUGUGCCUCUGGUAGAAAGGAUACUUCUGAUACUACAAUUCAACAACUUCUGCUGUAUAUAUAAAGAUAAUAUUUCAAUAACCCAUUGUCUAUAGAGAAGAAUACACAGUUAAGUGGCUGCCAUUUUCUAAAAGGGUGUAAUGUCCAAUGACUCACUUUCUGUUUGGCAGACAUUGUUCCAAAGGUAAUUGUCAAAUGUCCAUAAAAAGCAGCCUGACUGAUCUCACUUCUGUAACCAUUCCAAAAUUGACAUUACUAGUUUGUUAGGUAUGGGACCAGAUUACUCAGUGAAAAGAAGUAGAUACUCUCCUCCAUUUCUUGCUCUGGAAACAGGAGGGCUGAGGUGAUGGGCCAGUGUUGUUCUGUUGUAUGUGUGCCAGGUUUGAGAGGAGCAGAUCACUAAACAGUUAGUAACUAAAGUAGCAACAACUUUUUUUUUGUAUCUUGCAACUAUUUAAAGACAAGACAUCGGCUAGAUAUUCAUGUCGUAUAGCUGUGUCUAAAAGAUCAAUUAAUAGGCAAAAACAUUGCAGAGGCAAGACAACUAAGAUCUGGGAAUAUGUGGUCAAAAUGAGACUUAGAUUAUUGGAUUGACCCACAGAAGAGAUGACUUGCAAGCAAGGUUUGUAGAAAACUGCCAUUUAGGCAUUCCAUACUGAUUUGCCAGGAUAGAAAA